AUGUUACGUGUUAUUCGACAAGUAGCUAACGAAGAACAAAAUUUAACUACAAUUAUGAUGCCAACUGAGAUAAAUAGUAUCGAUACAAAUGUUACAAAUGGAUCAUUAAUGAUUUCAACUUUGCCAUCAUCAUUAAAAAAGCAAGGUUUUUUAUGGGAAUUCAAUUUAAAUUUAGUUAUUUUAUCUGUAUUGAGUUUAAUUUUUGUAAUAUUUCUUAUUGGUAUUAGUAUUUGGUAUGCAUGUAAUCGAAAAUAUCGUGUACGUCGACAACAUUCAUUACCACUUACUGUCGAUGAUUUUAUUGAAACUAAAAAAAAUUCACAAAAACGAUUAUCAUCUAGCCCAAUAAAAGAUAUAACAAAACAAGCUCCACCUAUUCCACCACGUCCAACAGCCUAUACAACAAUACUUGGCAAAGUUGAAUAUCGAUCAAAUCUUUAA